CAAUCAGUGACGUCACCGUGCGGCGCGGCGGCGGUGGGCAGGGCGGCGCGGCGCGGUGACGGCUCAGAGACUGCGGGAGUCAUGGCUGCUCGCCGAUUUCUGCACUUCGUCUUCAAAGUGGGAAACCGCUUCCACACCGCGCGUUUCUAUCGGGAUGUCCUGGGAAUGAAGGUUCUGCGGCAUGAGGAAUUUGAAGAAGGCUGCAAAGCUGCCUGUAAUGGGCCUUACGAUGGUAGAUGGAGUAAAACAAUGGUGGGAUUUGGGCCUGAGGAUGAUCAUUUUGUUGUAGAACUGACUUACAAUUAUGGCAUUGGAGACUACAAGCUUGGCAAUGACUUCAUGGGUAUCACGCUUGCUUCUACUGAGGCUGUCAACAAUGCCAGAAAGCUGCGAUGGCCACUCAGGGAAAUUGCAGAAGGUGUUUUUGAAACUGAGGCCCCAGGAGGAUAUAAGUUCUAUUUGCAGAAUCAGAAUCCACCUCAGUCAGAUCCUGUUUUAAAAGUAACUCUAACAGUGUCUGAUCUUCAGAAGUCCUUGAACUACUGGUCUAAUUUACUGGGAAUGAAAAUUUAUGAAAAAGAUGAAGAGAAGCAAAGGGCUGUACUGGGCUAUGCUGAUAACCAGUGUAAGCUGGAGCUACAGGCCAUCAAGGGUGCAGUUGAUCAUGCAACAGCGUUUGGAAGAAUUGCUUUUUCUUGCCCCCAAAAGGAGUUGCCAGACUUAGAAGACUUGAUGAAAAGGGAGAACCAGAAGAUUCUGACUCCUCUGGUGAGCCUUGAUACCCCAGGGAAAGCGACAGUGCAAGUGGUCAUUCUGGCUGACCCUGAUGGCCAUGAAAUUUGCUUUGUUGGGGAUGAAGCGUUUCGAAAACUUUCUAAGAUGGAUCCAGAGGGAAGCAAAUUGCUGGAUGAAGCAAUGGCAGCAGAUAAAAGUGAUGAGUGGUUUGCUAAACACAAUAAACCGAAGGCUUCAGGUUAACAGAAGACAUCACGUGGAAGAAGCAUUUGUGAUUCCCAUCCGGCACCUGGGAGGCCUGAUGAUGAUAAACGUUCUCACCACUUGGUGGUUUCCUAUACAGGCUGGGAGGCCUGAGUGAUGAAGAUUUGUAUAUUUCAAUCUUUGAAAGCUCUGAUGUAUCUUAAAAAUAAAAUAUCAUUAAUCCAG